CAACUUUCAAAAGAAACACGAGAGAAAUUCUCACGAGAAAGCACGCACCAGAACAGAGAAGCCAUGAGAACCGUCCCUUCCCAAUCGAAAUCAAGCACUGGCAGUACUGCUUCAUCGGCUAUGGAAAACCACGACCGAUCUUCGGAAAAUCGAGACAGCUACUACUAUCCGGAUUGCCUCAAAGACGCCAAUUGCGACUGUAAAUUUUGCUUGGAAAGCUAUGCCACUCUCGACCGAGUGCCUAUGAGCAUUCAGAAAAGCUCGCUCACCAAGCUUUCUGCUCCCCGACCUAAUGUUGAGCAUACCCCUAUCUCUUUCGACGUUUCCAUUUUGUCCACACCCACAUCAAAUGCUUCCCACAUUUCGCCUUCCCCUGCCGUCAAAUCUGACGCCAGAGUGAAUUUGGACGAAAAAAUGAAACAUGAGAAGGAAAGAGAGCGGAAUUUUUCUGGGGUUAAGCUCUUUAGGUUAGUUCUGGGUUUGUGCUUGCUUUUUUUUACGGUGGUUGUUUUUACCUUGGUUGUUUCUAGGAUUUUUCAACCUGUUCUGUCGCCGGAUGUAAUGAAAAGAGUUGGCGAGAAAUCAUCGGUAGAUCAGAAUUUGAAUGGAAAGUUUAGAUUUUUGCAGAGAGAGCUGCAACAUAUUGUUAUUGGAAAGGUUCAGAAUUGCAGCUAUGGUAAUUCUUUAUGGGAAAUCAGCCAGAACGGGGUUCUAUUGAACUCGCGUUGUACACUGUACAAAUCAGCAGCAGAGGAGGUGGCAAUCUGGGGAUGGCCUCUGCAGACAGCAGGAUUACUCACAACCGGAUUUUCUUCUCGAACAUUCACUAUCUUAUCUGGAAGAGUUACGGAGUGGAAUGCAGGACAAGUUGGCUUUUUGAUUCGAAAAGCAAAUGCUACUUGGGUACAGCCAAAAUGGGGUGCCUCAGUAGUGCAAUUAGACUCCAAUACAUGGGUUCUGGAGUACAAGAGGAGCUUUGUUUUUGAUAACACAGGGUUGUUUUCAGCAGCAUUAGAGUUCUUCAAGUACAGGAUUUCAAGAGCGGCUGGAAAAGUGAAGAAGGACUUUUGGCUAUAUGCUGCUUUUCAAGACCAUCGAUAUACUGAUUUAACAGCAAAUUAUGGCGCCAAAAUGCCGACCUGAAGCCAGAAACGGAUAAUGGCAUAUAUUAUAUUCUCAUUGCUUGUGAGAUUACGCAUAACAGAUAGCCUGUAGUGGUUCAAUUCUUUUCCCUCUUUCUUUUCAUUUUUUUCCAAAUUGCCUCUCGCUUUUAGAUGUUCAAGUGUAUAUUUUGGCAAUGAAUACCCUAACUUGAUUAUUCUACUUUAUGCUUCAAA